AUGUCGCCAACAAUAUCCAAGAAAUCCCGCAAGUCUCGAGGGGUUCUCUUUGAGAAGGUCAACGUCACCUCGGCCGAGUCUGAAUCUUCAGAAGUCAGAUUGAAGGAGUUGAACAACCACAAUAAUUCUAAAAUACCAUUUCUUCAGAAAUCGUAUUCCUUGGGGGAAACCAGGCUUCCGGGCGGUCAAGCAAAAGUUAGUCUAUCCUCAGACGAUGAGCGAGGAGUUUCAGAACCCAAGGACAUGGGCGAGUUGUUGUCAAGCGAGGGAGAUGGCAUCCCCAGAAAUUCUGAUGAUAAAAUGGGUGAUACAGGCCGGGGUACUGGUAAAGAUUGGAGUUCAACUAGAAAAACAAUCCAGCAUUCUCAGUCUGACGCUCAACAAAGUCUUUCACAAAGCAAGAAGAGCCUGAUCCCCAUCAAGAGUUCAAACAAAACUCCAGGACAAGAAAGUCCAUCACCGGCACAUCAAGAACAUCAUGUUGCUCCUUACAACAAAACACUUGGGGAUGAUUUUUUUGUCAAGGACUGCGUCCUAGAAUACUCCAUGAGGACGUCCUCACAAGGGAGUGAACUCCCGCCAGUUCAGCCGAG